GGUAUAGUCGGAAAAGGUUUUCCGAAAUUGGAGCAGAUAAUAGAAAGUUAUCAACAAAGUAAUAAAAAGAAGGUGCCUGUUAUUAAGCCAGCUGGCGAGAGCUCCGGUGAUGAGGAUAGUUCGGAUGAAGAACAAGCACCCGUUGUACAAAAUAAAAAAACAACAGUUGCAUUAACAAAUGGUAAAACAAAUGCAGUGAAACCUAAAGCAAAAGAAUCUAGCUCUGAUGAUAGUUCGGAAGAAGAAAGCGCAGCACCAGUAGUUAAGAAACCUCAAGCAAAGAAAGACGAGUCUUCGAGCGAGGACAGUUCGGAGGAUGAAAAGCCUGCUCCCAAAGCUGUAGCAACCAAACCGGCUCCACAAAAAGCCGCUAAAAAAACUUCAUCAAGUGAUGAUAGCUCUGACGAAGAACCAGAAGUUAAAACACCAGCCAAACCAGCUAAUGUUAAGGUACCACAGAAGCAAAAGCAAGAAUCAAGUGAAGAAGAUAGUAGCGAGGAGGAUUCAAAGCCUGUCCCCAAAACUCCUUUGAUCAAGGCAGCUGCUAAGAAAGCUGAAUCGGAGGAUAGUUCAGAAGAUAGUGACAGUGAUGAAGAGGCCAAACCGGCAAAAAAAGUUGCGCCUGCAGUAGUAAAGAAAACCCAACCACAAGCGAAGAAAGAUGAUUCUUCCAGCGAAGACAGUUCUGAGGAUGAAAAGCCUGCUCCCAAAGCUGUAACAACCAAACCGGUUCCACAAAAGUCUGCAAAAAAGAGUUCAAGUGAGGAUAGCUCAGACGACGAAACAGAGGUCAAAACGCCAGCCAAACCAGCACAGAAAGCUCUGCCUGCAGUAGUAAAGAAAACCCAACCACAAGCGAAGAAAGAUGAGUCUUCCAGCGAGGACAGUUCUGAGGAUGAAAAGCCUGCUCCCAAAGUUGUAGCAACCAAACCGGUUCCACAAAAGGCUGCAAAAAAAAGUUCAUCAAGUGAGGAUAGCUCAGACGACGAAACAGAGGUCAAAACACCAGCCAAACCAGCACAAAAAGCUGUGCCUGCAAAACCCAAAGCUGUAGUUAAGAAAAAGGAUGAUUCAGAUAGUUCAUCUGAGGAAAGCGAAGAAGAUGCAAAACCCACGAAGGCUGCACCGCUUAAACCCAAAGUUGUUGCUAAAGCCGCAGAUACCUCAGACUCUGAUUCGGAGAGUGAGGAGGAAAAACCGAAGGUUGCUGCUGCAAAGAAACCCGUAACAAAAGCAGCUGUGGUUGCCAAGAAACAGGAAUCUUCGAGUGAGGAAGACAGUUCUGAGGAAGAAACAAAAAAGCCAGCCAAAAAGGUGGCCCCAGUUAAGAAGGAUUCUAGUUCGGACGAUAGUUCGGGUGAAGAAGAAACGCCAGCAGUCUUGCCUGUAGUUAAGAAGAAUGUAGCCGCUGCUAAAACAACAAAGGACGAUUCUAGUAGUUCAGAAGACUCAUCAGAGGACGAAGCACCACCAGCAAAGAAACCAGCACUGGCCGCCAAGACUCCAGCAAAAAAGAAAAAAUCAAGCUCUGAAGAUUCGUCAUCGGACGAUGAACCACCACCCAAAAAGCAAGCAGUAGGUACUGUGAAAGCUGCUGCUUCUAAGAAAGCUGAAGCCUCAAGUGAUGAUAGCGAUUCGGAUGAUAGCGAAGAUCAAAAGCCGAAGCCCACACCAAAGGUCCUUGCUCCAGCAAAGAAGAAGGAUAGCAGCUCUGACGAUGACGACGAGGAUGAUGAUGAUGACGAUGAUAAUAAUCAGGAAAAGGUACAACAAAAGCCAAAUCCUAAAGUUGGAGAGAAAAGAAAAUUUGAUCAAUCUGCUGCUGGACAAAAUCAGGCUAACAAGAAAUAUAGCAAUUUUGUAAAGAGUGGCGAAGGCAAGAUCACAUUGGCCAUAGUUAUUAUUACUUUAAAUAUGCACAUUUGCAGAGCGGCUCUUUGGCCUAACUUUAGUAGUGAGAAAGCUGAAAAAUGUAGUGGCGGUGUGGGCUUAAAAUACUUAUCCGGUGAUGCGCUCACCGAUUCACCAGAUUGUUUAGGACCAAACAACUCACCUUAUCCGAGUGCGGCUGUGGCACGAACCUUUUCGAAUUGGAAUGGCAGCGCCAGACGUGGCCGUCAAAGCAAAUUCCCCUCAACUCUGGACCCGGCGAUAACAAAAAGCGCACUACUGCGUGCCUACGAUGAAGUUAACAACGAUUCUCCCGUCAGCAAUCGUUAUGGACGUUCCUUAUCAAAUGGACCAAUUGUCCAGUGCAGAGAAACGCCAUCUCGAUUAUGUAAAACACGCUACAAUACAACGGCGCCAAUGUAUGGAGUUAGUUUGACUUCAGGACAGCCAGUGACUAUUGUACAAAAAUUUCCCGAUCUGUUACAACAAGUCGUUUUUGAAGUUUGCGAAUCGGGUGAAUGUGAUGUUGUACGCGGCGAAUGUACUCAAACUUAUGUGCCGUACCUGUUUCUUGUUAUACCACUGGGUCCAGUCACGUUGACUGGUCAGGACUAUGUGCUGGUUGAAAGUGGUUGUGUUUGCAAACCGAAAUACUCGACGGGGGCAGCACAGGAGCCAAAUAUGAUACCAUAAUUUCAACACAGAGCCAAAUAACUAAAUACAAACACACAGAAAUGGAUUAUGUUAAAAAUAAUAUUUAUCUAUGCACUAUUGAUAUACUGUUACAUACACAUAAAAAAAUGGGCAUUUGUUUGCAUAAAAAUAAUGGAAAAUUGUUGCCUAUAGAAACAUAAGAUGCCCGUGUACUGAAACAAAUGCAGUUUAGUUGGUGCAAGACAAAAAAUCUAUAAUUUUUUAUGCAUUUUAGGAAAACAUUUAUGAAUAUUUGCAACGAAUGCCCAUUUUGCGUAUUUUUUUUAUUUAUCAUUAGCAUUAAAUUCAACAAGUUUUCUCUGUUGAAAGGUUAUAAUUAGUUAUACAUAUGUACAUUAAGAUUAGUUGUAAAAUACAUAUGUACAUAAGUAUGUAUUUAGUUAUUAAAAAAAAAAAACAGGAAUUGAGUUUUAGGUACAUUUUUACUUAGUGCUGAUGUGUGCGUUAAGAUUUAUCGAGUUAAAUAUAAAAAAAAUA